AUGCCUAAACUCCACGAACUAACGGCUAAGAUUAUUAGUAAAGAACUGCGCAAAGUUUACAAAAAGAAUGAGUUUUAUGGUCAGAUUAAUUACCAGUUAAAAGUCUUACCCGAAGAAACUAAUUCAUCCCAGCCUGAAACCAUUCUUGUUUACGCCAAUCUAGUUAAUCAGCAGUUGCUACAAAUCUUAGAGCAAAAUCAAUAUCUCGACAAGCGAUACUUCUUUACUUGUCAUAAGAAAAAGAGUGUGGAAAACCUCAAAGAAGCCUUGAAAUUAUUAGAAGAUAAAGUAAUCAAAGGAAAAUAUGAUGAGUUUGGUCAGCCUUUAACCGAAGAAAGAUUAUGCUCUUUGGUAGAUAAUUAUCAGUCCGAGGAAGAAGACCAAGAAAUUUAG